AUGUCCAAGAAGGAUGUGGCGUGUUUCUGGAUCGUACUGCUCCUGUGCCAAAAGCUACGGACCGACCCGAUCGCAGAGAUGGGACCAUCCUCCGGCAUCCUGAUUCAAGAGACACCAGGGUUCAUCUUAACGGAGAAGAGGAUCCUGACCCGACGUGUGUUCGUCAGUUUGGACCCCAAGAUUUCCAUCGAGAAGGCAUACAACAUUUCAUCGAUGCAGCUUCCUGAGUUACAGACUUGGUACCAGAUGCACCUCCAAAGAGCACAGGACCGUGUGCGAAACAUCUUGGAGCAAGCCCGGAAACCAUUUGUAUCCAGUUCUAUUCUGAUGAGCAACCGACCCAAAAGGUUCCUCACUGCUAUAAUUGUUGCAUUAGUUUGUGCCACUGUCGGUGCAGUUGUCGCAACUGGAAUGUCUGCAGCCAACUCUAUUACUGUCCAAAAGCUGGAUAUGGAAAUCUAUGCGCUAAAGCAACACAUUAAUGAUAUUCAUCAGGUGAUAAACCAGCAAAGAACACUUCUCCAAGACGUGUUAACUAUUGUGGAAGACACAGUUGUUACAACAAAUUUGCAUUCGGAGUUAAUUACCAAAUCCACUGAGUUGCACCAAAGUCAUGACUUAUUUAAGCGUGAACUUCUAUGUCUGCAUGACCCAAUAUUGUUCCACACACUUGCUUUUCUUGACGAAGUGCAAACUGGAAUGAUCAAACUGGCAGGGGGACGCAUAGCCCUGUAUUUUGUAUCCAAGGAUAUUGUUCAUGCGAUGCUUGCCAAUGUGGAUGGAGAGACAAUUGAGCCUAUGCAAUUAAAUCUGGCCUUUGAGAUGGGGAGCGCUAUACCUCUCUUAAUUGAUCCGGAACGUAUGGAGAUUUGCUUUUUAUUGACCAUCCCAUAUGUAACUCCCAAAGACAUUUUUCAAAUGAAAAUAAUGUGCUAUGUUAAUAAUGGUAUUAUGGUUGAUUGUACUAAGUGUAAAGUUCAAAACUUUUACAGGUACAAAUAUAUACAAAAAUGUUCAUUCCACGCACGGGCCUAUGUUAGAAAUGAUGUGAUUGCACAAUAUGUCUGAUAACUUCUAUAGUGCUUAUUCAUAAGCUAAAUUAAUUUUGGCUACGAAAUGCACUAAAGGGGGGUUAUGUCAGAGUAUUUAUAUCGGCAGACAUUUUUGUGCUAUGAUAGAAACUAAAAGUGUAUAUUCUGAGUCACUCUGAACAGACCAGACUCCAUUUUGUUAUUUCAAGUUAACAAAGAAGACACUAGAUUUCUUUCUGAAAGACUGGCCUCUUUGCCAGAGCUAAGGAAUGCAUAGCAUAGUAUAAACAAGUGAUAAGAAGAAUAUAAUCAAAUCUAAACCCAGACAAUUGUGACAGAGAAGAUUAAAUUUAAUAUUUAACUGUCUAUAUAUAUAUAUAAGGUACCAUUGUAUGGAAAAGGGUAAACUUAGUUCAUGAUCUGCCAUAUCAGAAAUUAUGGCAGGAAUUGCAGACGCUAAGUCUGGACAAAAUUUAAGAAACCCUUUGAAAUUUUAAAUUAUGGCGCUAUAAAGAUAACGCAAAAUGACGUCAAAAUAGCCACCAGGAAAAGUUAACUCUUUCCUGGAUAGAUAUGUUUAGUGGGACAAGAUUGCCCUCUACAGACCAAAUAACUAAUUUGCGAUCUGGAAGAUAACCACACCUCUAGUGCUUCUAUUGGGUUAUCAACUGAUGACGUACAGAGAGUCUGGCCCUUUAAAAGUUAAGACAAAGGGAAGAGAGGAGAGGCAGAUGCAAGAGAUGCAAAGGAGAGGAGAGAGGAAUUGGAAGCUUGGGGACUCCAACUCGGACAACAUCUGAGACUAACACUCUACUCCUAAAACUCUAACACUUAGAAUUUACUGACUUUCUAACCAACCUCCAUGCAGAGAGACAUCCAAAUAAGUUCCUGAGACUACCAAUCGGAUGAAAUAUCUACUCAACUGGUAAUUAUACUGGUUUCAUUUAAUUAAAUUAAAUUAAUUAAAAUGUAUUAAUAGCAUGAUAUAUAUGACUGGAUAAAGCACGUCAGAUUUCCAUAUUAAGAAAUCUUAGUUAACUAAAGAAUAUAUAGUUAUAAACAUUCCAUUCUGCAGGUGGAAUUAAGAAUAAUUAUAUAUUGAUGUGAUAUUAUCACGUGUUAGCAUACCGCUGUUUUUAUCCAGGUGUAUUGAUCUGCUCUAAAUUAAGAUAGAUAUCUUUUAGACAAAUUAAAAUCUGCUUAUAUAAUAUGUAGAUUCUCUUAUUGGAUGGUUUAAGAAAAUGAAUUUAAACUGGUUUAAAUGUUAUUUUAUUUAAAAAUUACAUAAGAAUAGAUCUUAAUUACCUAGGAGAUCUAGCCAGCAUUGAAAGGGUUAUUCUAACUGUCUGCUAAACUUUACGACCUUAUGCUGCACUCUGAGGAAUUCUGUUCUCUGUGUGAAAAGUUUCACUUUCAGUCUGUGGAAGCUAGUCAUAAAUCGUAGAAGUCUUGACAGAAAAUGCCGUUUAGCCAUUGAAACGUAAUACCCAUUUCUUUGUAUUGCAUAUAAUUUUGUACUGGAUAUUCAUUGAUUAUUGUCAUGCAUGUUACAUAAUAUUAUUUGUUAAUUAUUGGUUAUCAUAAAUAAAAUCUAUUUUUAUACAUUGUGAUAUUAAUUAUAUGAAAUACAUUCCACUUAACACGAUAAACGUUCUUUGGGAUCUGAGAAUUGAAUUAGUGGGCAAUUCUCACUGUUACUAUUAUUAUCCCAUAAAUAUUCCCACAAGACGAAGUCAGAUUGGAACUCCACUGGUGGCUUCAACAUAUGGAAGCCUGGAACAAAAGGGCUAUCUUUUUUUUUUUUAUUAUUCUUUAUUUUGUUGGUGCGUUGCAUAGACAUAUUAACGCUUCAAGACAUCAGCAAGACAGUUAAGAUGAUGGUACAAUAUCAUAUCACUUGCUAG